GGUGCCUUCAACAGCGAGUAAACCGACUACAGCAGAGUUACUUUAUAAUGAUUCACUCCGGCGCUGUGAUGUCGAUGAGUAUUCUGGCUUUCUGCCUGCUGGCUUGUAUUCAUUCUGGCAUAAAUGCAUAUCCAGCCAAGCCUGCCAGUCCCCGCGAUGGCGCACCACCUGAGGAGCUCGCCAAAUAUUAUUCUGCACUACGACACUACAUCAAUCUCAUUACGAGACAGAGGUAUGGAAAAAGAGACACCCCAGAUACUGUAUUUUCAGAUGUGUUGAUGAGGGAGAGCACAGAGAGUAUUCCAGGAUCAAACUAUGUCAGGUAUGAUGGGCUGCCACUUUGGUGAUGCUGCUGGAGCCGUCAUGUCCAGGCUUACUUUACCACAAAGCUGCUGCCCUGUCUGUUACUGACAUGAAAUAAACUUGUGUUGCAUGGAAUAAAUAUUGUGAAAUGCAAACACUUUGGUCUGUAAUGUUGCCAGCGCUACUAAAAACAUAUUUUUAACUAGUAUGCUCAUCACCUUACUCACUUGGUUUGACAAGUACUGAGUAAUGCUAUCGAACCUGUCUAAUAUCUACACUAUAGGUAGGUCUUGUGUUUCAUUCACUGAUGGAGUAACAGUGCUCUCUACUGGUGGA